AUGAAUCAUAUGUACGCGAAAACACAAGCGCAUCAUAACCCCCAAAACUUUAAAAGACUGAAUGGCCUAGUUAUCAGUAAACGUUUGUUUGUCUCUAUUUCAGACCGCCAAAGUCACUCGUAAAGAGGGCAAAGCUGGCUACAACACGGGAGUCUUUCUCUACAGGAGAUCUUUUGCAGGCAAGGUAGACGCCUGCAAACUGAAAUGCUUGUACUUUCUUUAGUCUGACAUAACAGGCAUCCUUGCAUGAUAGAGGCUUCUUAACUAAGUCCUACCGCAGUUUCCUCUCUCAACAUAUGACCUUACUUAAUCCACCAAACAGAAAAGACGCGUAACUGCACCGAAGGCAUUUUUUGCUUUAUUAGCUCAUCGGAAAAAACGAUGGAGCAGUUUCUCUACAGGUGGACAAAAUCGGAACUUGAUGUGAUUGGCGUGGAAGAGUUCAAAAAACUUGCCCCAAAGUACUUAAAUAGUCUGAGGGCAGCCUAUUCUACGUACCUCCAAUCAUCCCGCGGUAGGUGGUUUAGUGCAGUCUUUGCUAGUGCAUUUGCAUUUAAAUCAAAGCGCGGUGUUUUAGCAUGCUUUCCUGAUUAUACGAGGGCACGAUUGCCUCUGCCUUUUUUCAGUUUCGAUUCGGGCCCUCGAUGGCAGUUGCCUGUUUAAAACAAAACAAUAAAGUGAAGAAAUGGAGAAACGGUUGUUGAAGCUGUACCACUCAAGGCCGCUUUCCUUAUCAAUGCCAACUAGUCAUAUACUGCCCUAGCAGAAUGAACAAAGGUUGGAAGCCGCUCUGUUAGCUUAGACGCGCUCAUCGAAGCCCAUUUCUCAGAUGAAUAUUUAAACAUCGUCCUCUUGUUUAAUGCUUGCGUGUAGUUGGUGGUCUAUAAAUGAUCUAGUCAGAUGACGAAAGUUCGACAACAAGUGUUAUUCAUUCAUCUCUCGGGAGGGAUCUGAUUGAAACUCACAGGAGGGCGUAUCUCAAAAUUGGUAGUUAGGUUUAUCAGCCCAACACAUAAGCACAUUCAGUUCGAAUUACUAAGUGGUCAGUUAUCCACCAAUCAGCGAACUGAGUCAAACUGAUAGCCAAAAAGUCCAGACAGGGAGGACAAAUAAACAAAAUCACCUACUUUUUAUCUGCUCAUGCAAAAGAGUGUGCAUUGACCAAGUAAUAAAACGCUUUAUCUGAAUUCAGGUUCGUCUGUGGCUCUCGAAGAAUGGCUCGAAAAAUUGGACAGGACAUUAAAGGAGCGAAGCAAGGAGGAGGCAUGA